AUGCCGCAGCACUCGUCGUUGGCGGUUAGGUGGUGCUUGCAAGACCAAAAGUUCGACCCAACUUUGGCUCGCGAUGUUGAACAGCGGGCACAUGAGUUAGGUAUCGGGGGAUUCCAGGUGGGCAAUGUUGGCAUGUUGGUCCAGAUUUCUCCCUGUUGUUUCCUAGAUCCGGAAGGUGCCACACAAGAAACAACCAGCCCGCCUCGUACGCCACCCAAUAGGAACCAGCGGGUGGCAGAACAGCAGCAGAGUCCAGACGAAGAAACCAGGCUGCUGGGUCCCCAUCUCACCGUUUCUCAAACACCAGUCCUUAAGAAUGACAACAAGACUGGCCGCCCCAGCCCUUUGCGCACUAUCCUGUCCACCGCGGCCGCUCUGCUUAUCCUCAACAUGGGAAGCCAUAUUACCCUCGCCCCCCAGACCGCGAUUCUUCAGGAUAUUGUCUGUGCGAAAUAUUAUGCCAGCAGCACUCCGCCAUGGUUGCCCUCGCGUCUUGGUGACGAAUGCAAAAUAGAACCCGUCCAAAGCGAAGUUGCGCAUAUCAAUGCAUGGAAGGAUGUCUUUGAGGCUCUCCCUGGCAUGAUUCUAGCCGUUCCCUACGGUACGCUUGCUGACCGUGUCGGGCGUAAGAAGAUCUUUUUGCUCGCCAUCGUGGGCUGCUUCCUGAACGAUGUCUGGAUCCGAGUCGUCUGUGAGCUGCCCCUAUCUCUUUGCCAUUUAGCUUCGAUUUUUGGACCCCGGAAUCUAACCUUUUUAAACUGCCUAGAUUGGUUCUUUGACACCUUACCGGUGCGAGCUGUGUGGUUUGGUGGACUGUGGCAGCUUAUCGGCGGGGGCGCCGCGACUUUCUCAUCCGUUUCCUUUGUUCUCGUCGCUGACAUCUGCCCGGCAGAGCAAAGGCAUGUGAUUCACCACCGGAAAUUGGUCCUCAUGACUGACACAGAUUCAGAACCAACGCAUUUGCACAAGUCCAGGCGGCGACGUUAUUAUCCCGCUUCGUUUUUGUGCCCGUUGGCGGUGUCCUGA